UAUCAUUUCCGUUCUCCUAUAGAUUCAGUCUGCUGAGAAACGUCGUACAGUAAAGACGUACAUUUGGACUAAAAAAAUACAUAAAUAUAUGCUAUACAAAUACAGCAUAUAAACAAACAUUAAGUGCAACUAAACAACAAUCUAAGUGUAACUUUGGAGGUGACAAAGCAACAGUCUGUGAUAAAACUCCCAGUGUGAUUUAAUAAAAUUGUAAAACAGUGUUGGCCUGAAUUUUUCUUGGAUAAGCCCAACGUGUGAUUGAUUACUUCCUCGCACAAUCCGUUUAUUAUCAGUGGAGGUCUACAGCCAUUUUGUAGACUGUAUUCAACCAGUUGUGCAACCAGCGCCGCAUUGGAUUCAACGGAUAACGGCGAUAUGCCGACCAAACAGCAGUCGACCGCAGGGUCGCUGGUAACGAAUGUCCACGUUGUCGAAGACAUUGUCAGCGAGAUAAAAGAAAACCUGAGGUAUCGAAAUGUAGCACUCAAAGCAAAAUCCAGCCUCAAAACGCCCGUGAGGAGAUCGACGCCCUAUCACAUACCCUGCCGGUCCUGGAGCGAGGACGCGGCGGCCAUUAAAAGUAAAAAGCAACGGGAGGAGGAAGAGGAUCCUUACGAAUUGCUACAAGCACUUAUAGAUAACAAUACGUUAGUUAAGGAAGCCGUCCGAAGGUUGCAGCAAGGACUUUCGGCCAAACAGCGCUACUUCUACGAAUCCGACGAGGAGUGCAUGAGCCCGGUGCUACGAAUGUGCCGGCUCGAAUUGUGA